ACCGGCGAGUUCGACUCCGAUUAAUUCUCCUACCAAGACUCUCUCUCACCGUGGCUCUUUAUUCCACCGAUAUUGGAUCCAACAUUUCAAUAAUCAAAAAAAGAAGAAGAAGAAGAUGGGGUAUCGGCGAGACGAGAUGGAGCAAGCAGAAGCCCAUCAAGCAUACAAUCGGAAGGCAAUGAAGGCGAUCCGUUACAUGCUGAGGGAACAGAGACUCGUCUUCGUUCUCGUCGGCAUUGCAAUUGCCACCUUAGCCUUCACUCUUUUCUCUCCAUCCUCCUCCAUUCGGAUUCAGUACAACUCGGAUCCGCUUUCCGAGAUGAGAUCAUCGUCGUCCUCCUCGUUGGCGCAGCAGAGUAGGAGUAGGAUAGAAGAGUACAUUAGCAUGGGAUCGGUGGGAGGGAGGAUCCCUCUGGGUCUGAAACGCAAAGGUCUUCGUGUGGUGGUGACCGGCGGGGCCGGUUUCGUGGGGUCACACCUGGUGGACAGAUUGAUGGCGAGAGGAGACAAGGUGAUCGUGGUGGACAACUUCUUCACGGGGAGCAAAGAGAACGUGAUGCAUCAUUUCGGUAACCCUAACUUCGAGCUCAUCAGGCACGACGUCGUCGAGCCCAUCCUUCUCGAGGUUGACCACAUCUACCAUCUCGCCUGCCCUGCUUCUCCUGUUCACUACAAGUUCAAUCCCGUCAAGACCAUCAAGACGAACGUGGUGGGGACGUUGAACAUGUUGGGGCUGGCGAAGAGAGUGGGAGCGAGAUUCCUGCUGACGAGUACGAGUGAGGUGUACGGAGAUCCUCUGCAGCACCCUCAGGUUGAGACUUACUGGGGCAACGUCAAUCCCAUCGGUGUUCGGAGUUGUUACGACGAAGGAAAACGUACGGCCGAGACGUUGGCCAUGGACUACCACAGAGGCGCCAAUGUUGAGGUUAGGAUAGCUCGGAUCUUCAAUACUUAUGGGCCUCGGAUGUGUAUUGAUGAUGGUCGUGUGGUUAGCAACUUCGUUGCUCAGGCUUUAAGAAAAGAGCCUUUGACUGUUUAUGGCGAUGGUAAGCAGACCCGGAGCUUCCAGUUUGUCUCUGAUCUGGUGGAGGGGCUGAUGAGGUUGAUGGAAGGAGAACAUGUUGGCCCAUUUAACCUUGGUAACCCCGGUGAAUUCACCAUGCUUGAGCUCGCUAAGGUGGUCCAAGAGACUAUAGACCCGAACGCAAAGAUAGAGUUUAGACCAAACACGGAGGAUGACCCACACAAGAGGAAACCAGACAUAACAAAGGCCAAAGAGCUUCUUGGUUGGGAACCAAAGGUGGCUCUCCGCCAAGGACUCCCACUUAUGGUCAAAGAUUUCCGUCAGCGUGUCUUUGGCGACCAAAAUCAGGAGGCCACUUCUUCAUCAACAGAAUAAGUAGCCCCCGGUCUAAGCUCUUUUAUAACUCCAUGACCGCUGCAGCAGCAGGAAUCUCGUAGAGACAGGAUCUUCAUUUUUUUAUUUACCCUUCCCUUUUUUGUUUUAUGUUUUAUUGCCGUUUUGCUACUCCCCGUGUGUUAAUGUAGUUGAGACACCGAUUUUUAUACAUUUGUUAUUUUUACUGGAA